CUAAAGUCGACAGAGCAUAUUCGGCCAAUCAUCCAGUAAAACGUUUCAUUCUUUGCCCGUAGUCAACUGGGCAAGCUUGGUCUGUGGCUGUAUCGAAUUUUGCGCGUGGUUAACCGUAGUGCUGUAGCAGAUCUUCGCCAAAUAUUUUUUCCAAUAUGCCAGACUGGAGAGAACGUGACGAUUCGGACCGUGGGUACGGCGGCGGUGGUGGUGGUGGCGGCGGCGGUGGCGAUAGCUACGGCAGCUACGACCGCGAGCGUCGUGAUUACCGUAGCGAUCGAGGGGGUUAUGAUCGCAAUGGUGGCGGUGGCGGAGGCGGAGGCGGCUACCGCUCCGGUGGCGGUAGCUAUGGUGGCCGCCGUGACGAAGACGGCGGGUACCGCGCCGGUGGAGGCGGUGGUUACCGAGGCAGCAGCGGUGGUGGUGGUCCCGGCGGCGGCAGCCGAGGUCCUCCAAGAAUUGAUCCGGCCACAGCCAAAACCGAGGUAUUUGAGGUGGAAGCGGACAAGGUGAAGUUCAUUAUCGGGCGCGGCGGUAACAAGAUCCGCGAAAUCCAGGACCGUUGCCGUGUGUCGGUGCAGAUCGACAAGGCUCGCAACGAGAACGGCGCCAAUAAUGUAUCGGUGAUGGGCGAUCAGAUGAACAUUGAUCGUGCCCGCGACAUGAUCAACACGAUCAUCAACGACGACCGACGGGACCGAGAGGACGAUCGGCGCCGCGAUGGUGGUGCCUACUAAGGACAAGCAAUCUUGUCUCACUAGUAAGAAAAGCGCGAAUGCUCAGCAAUGACGGCGAGGGUGGCAGUUUCCGCAGCAUCACAGUGCGAAAUCAGUAGUGGGAGAGAACGGAGAGCAAUGCAUGCGAAAGGAAAACGGAAAGACUCUCAUCCAUAAGAAAAAAAAAACUACAAUACAGUAAGCAAAAAGUAAUACGGAUCAUGGUAACAAAUUUAACAGACACUUAUUUGCAUUUUACUCGU